CAGACAGUGGCUGCGACAGACGGGAGUGAGAGGUGUGUCGCUGGCCGGCGGCGCGUCAAGCAGAGAGAGAGAGCGAGAGAAAGAGCGAUAGGAAAGGACGGAAAGAAAGGCUUCAAUCGAGAUGGACUUUGAGGACCAUGGCUGACACACACACACACACACACACGGGGGCCACUCCACAUACAUACAACUCGGGCGUACACAUACACGCAUACAUAUUCGCUCACCAAGCCCACGCACAUUCACUCAUGCAUAACACACGACUAGACGCCAGCUCUUGUUAAAACGAGACGGGAAGGCCCAGAGUGUGGUCAGACAACACUGGACCGCUCUUCAUCAGCCGAGAAACACAAUGGAAACACUAGGGAAGCGGCUGGAAAUGCAGGAGUGUUUGGCAACGCGAGCAAGAGACGAGGAGGGUGCGGAGAACAUCUGUUGGUUGCAGGCCCGCGCUGUCGCCCUCGGCCACUGAAUGCCCGCUGGUCAAGUCUUUUCUACUGCACCGUUUUCUUCUGUUACGUAAAACUGAGGAAGAAGCGUCCGUCGUACGUUGAGGAAACAAGACAAACGCGACAUAAGAUACAGAACGCAACACAAACCUCAAAAGCUAGUGAAUAGAAAAACGGCUAUAUGCAAUUCUUUUGGUGUCUAUGCGUGUGAGUGCGUUUCUCUAUUUCGUCUGUCUGUGUCCUCUUUCGUCACGUGUUUGUUGUGUGGGUGAUCCGCGCGCCCUGGACUCUGCCUGAACUGAGGAACGUAACGGCAGCUCUAGCAACAGUGUAGUGACUCGAAAAGUGGCCUUCUUCACCUAAACUCGUACUCUUGACUCCUCUUGUUCGUAGUUUAGCUCUGGACUAGACGCCUAAGCUCUCUCACUCUAAUCUGAAAAAAGAAGAGAAAGUUAGCACCAAAUAGCAUGCAGUGACGUGGUGGUGAAAUUGAGAAAAUAUAUCAGCUGACGUUAUGUUAAAAAUGAUCUGAAAGUAAAGUAUUACAAGCGUCAGCCGCAACGUAAGAGCUGUAGUAGUGGAGAGUGGAAGAGACUCAAGAUUAACCGUAACAUGUUUCGAAGCAGUUAGUGAAGCAACUCCGAAGUGUAUAAUGAGAAAGUUAUUUUAUUCGAUGUGGUGAAAAAAAAAAAAAACAUAGAAAUCAGCAGUAUUUUCUUAUCAAUGUGUGUCUCCAUGUCAAGUGCGUCAACGUGAAUUGCAUCUUUUUGAGUUCCCCCUCGAGUGACUAUAGUGGAUGGACUCCCUCCCCUGCACACAUCUGACUUGCAAGUUUGGUGUUGUGGUAACAGUAGAGUAUCUUGACAUAUCACCAUUUUGUUCCUUCUCAGGUGGCCUAAGAAUCUCACAUAUCACUGUACAUAGUCGAUCUUUCCCACCCGCUAACUAUUUACGAACUUUUAAGUGUCUUCUGGUAGCUGAUGGUACGUACAAGUAGACGGUAGAAGCACACGACGUUGGUUCCUUUGAGUUUGUUGAUUUCUCGUCUUGAUGUUGUGGUGACUCACGUUGUUUGGUUCCUACGAAGAAGCAGAAACAUGCACCUUUGUCCUUGUUAACCUGUAAGCAACACAGCAACUCGAAGAAGGGAGAUCGCACCUGCGUGGAGUGAACACAGCACCUUUGUCUGCAUUAGGCUGUAAGCAACGCCACGAAUUGGAAGAAUAUUGCACCAUUGUGUGUAUUAAUUUGUAAGAAACGCAGCAACUUCUUAUGCAAGGACCUAAACACAGUACGAUAAGGUACACGCCCGCGAUGUCGAGGCGGCCGACGAUACCCAACUCGCACACCGAACACACGCCAGAGACCUGAGCGAUGGCGCGCACACUCGCCUCUCCCGGGCCUCGAGCAUCUCUUCUUGUCGUCCUCGCUGUGUUGUGGACCCUCUCGGCCGUGGCCAUGGCGGUGAGGGAAGCUGGGGUGCCGCUACAGCCCCACAACACCACGACAGCGAAGUAUCAUGGUUUUGAAGGCGGCGGUGGGGCCAGGACGAGAGGCGAACAUAAAAGCCACCACGCCAACACAAGACGCAACCCCGCCACAACGUCCUCGCCCCACCACCACGCCUUGGGUCCUCGCCCUCUACACCCCAGAGACAGAGACAGCGACAGCCACAUCCGUGAAUACUUAGAACUUAUCAACACGACGUCAAACUUGGCGGGUCACAGCGUGCAACCCGCAUAUGCUUCGAAGUUGGGGCUCGCGAUGCCUCGAGGGAGCACGCCGCCGCCCCCCCGCCCAGCUGGACCGAAAACCAGCAGUACCCAGGCACACGUGGGCGGCCCCAGGCGACAGGUUGUGGCUCCUACGGACUUUACCUUAACGCCCUCCCUCAGGCUUCUUCUGCAUCAUUAUCCUUCCACGCCCCGGGCAGCGCCUGACACCACUGAUAAGCCCACGUCUUGGCCAGGAAGGGCGUGGCGAGGCGCAGAGGAGGAAGGCGAGGAAAAUGUAUUAACAAAAGACUUUAACGCCAAAUUCUGCCGUGUAGUAGAAGACCUCCUCUUGUCCCUUGCUCGCGGCGGCUCCAAAAACUUGCAAACCGCCACGGGGCAACUUAAAGCAAGUUCCCCACGUGAGAUGCAGCAGGAACCCGACAGCAACAAGGCUUCAGGCACCACCACCACCACCACCGCCCAUGCUGCCCCAAGAGCUCCACUCACCCCCUCCACCACCACCUCCUCCGCCUCCACCGCCGCCCGCCUUCUGCUGCUGCACAUGGAUGGCUCUCCAGCGAAGGGCGCGCUGCUCCCGACGCUGCCGUACAAAGGUAAGAUUAAUGGUUCCUUCUGUUUUUCUUUUUUCCCCAGUGAUUGAUGUGUCUACUGCGUGCCACUAAGUAACUAACCCGCGCCCUCACUCCCGGCCAUUGGUGACGUUAAGGGAAGGGUAGAAAAGAGUACAGGAAAAGGGCUUUAGAGCAUUAAUUCACGGGAAGUGUAGAAAAGAGUACAGGGAAAGGGCUUUUAGAGUAUUAAUUCACCUGCCAUAUGUCCUGUAGUGGCCUUGAGUGGUCCCCCUUUUUUGGAAGAGUUGAGGAGAGGCUAUGAAAGGUUUAUACGUCAUGUGGAAGAGGGGGAUAAGAGUAAGAGGAAGAGGCAUACGAACCUUGGCUCCAGCCCGCCGUCUCCUAUUCAAUAUUUUAUGUAUGCACGACUUUUGGGAAAGGAGUAUGGGAGGGCGUCCUCAGCCCCACGUACAGAGGCCACCCAUGAAUUAUUACCCAAGGACUUACAUAACACACACACACACACACACACACACAGUGGCGGGUGGUGAAUGGAUGGUUCCAUGGAGGGAUACUUGUUACUUUGCCGCCUAACAGUUCUAUUUUUUAUUAUUUUCCUGUUUUAUAUUUUAUUUUAGGAUUAAGUUAAGACAUCACAAAUCAAGCAGACGAUGCAG